ACUUCCGGGAUCCCUGUCAGCCGCUCCCUCCCGGCCUCCGUCUUCCUCCUGCCUCCCGCCGGAGCUUAUUCGCGUCGACUGACCAGAGUCCGCGAAUCCUCCGCUCCGGGCCUGUCCGCACCCUCCCCCUCCCAGCUUUUUCCUUUUGAAAACACUAAGAAUAAUGUCAUUACAUCAGUUUUUACUAGAGCCAAUCACCUGCCAUGCUUGGAACAGAGAUCGUACUCGUAAAGAUUGCCCUUAGCCCUAAUAAUCAUGAAGUCCACAUUUACAAGAAGAAUGGGAACCAAUGGGUAAAAGCCCAUGAACUGAAGGAACACAAUGGACACAUUACAGGUAUUGACUGGGCUCCCAAGAGUGAUCGAAUUGUAACUUGUGGUGCAGACCGUAAUGCCUAUGUCUGGAGUCAGAAAGAUGGCAUCUGGAAACCAACCCUAGUCAUCCUGAGGAUUAAUCGUGCAGCUACUUUUGUGAAAUGGUCUCCCCUAGAGAAUAAAUUUGCUGUAGGUAGUGGAGCUCGACUGAUUUCUGUGUGCUACUUUGAAUCUGAAAAUGACUGGUGGGUGAGCAAACACAUUAAAAAGCCAAUUCGUUCUACUGUCCUUAGUUUGGACUGGCACCCCAACAAUGUUUUAUUGGCUGCUGGAUCUUGUGACUUCAAAUGCAGAGUUUUUUCUGCCUACAUUAAAGAAGUUGAUGAAAAGCCAGCCAGUACUCCAUGGGGUACCAAGAUGCCUUUUGGUCAGCUGAUGUCAGAGUUUGGUGGUACUGGAAGUGGUGGUUGGGUCCAUGGGGUUAGUUUCUCUGCCAGUGGGAACCGCCUCGCUUGGGUCAGCCAUGAUAGUACUGUUUCAGUUGCUGAUGCCUCCAAAAACAUGAUGGUUUCACAGCUGAAAACAGAGUUCCUCCCACUCCUGAGUGUGUCGUUUGUCUCUGAGAAUAGCGUGGUGGCUGCUGGCCAUGACUGCUGCCCAAUGCUGUUUAACUAUGAUGACCGUGGCUCCUUGACCUUCGUCUCCAAAUUAGACAUUCCAAAACAGAGCAUCCAGCGCAACAUCUCUGCUAUGGAGCGCUUCCGCAACAUGGAUAAGAGAGCCACGACUGAGGAUCGCAACACUGCUCUAGAAACACUACACCAAAACAGUAUCACCCAAGUGUCUAUUUAUGAAGUGGACAAGCAAGACUGCCGCAAAUUUUGCACCACUGGCAUUGAUGGAGCAAUGACAAUUUGGGAUUUCAAGACUUUAGAGUCUUCGAUCCAGGGGCUACGAAUCAUGUGAAGCUGUACUUCCAUUCUCUAGCAUGACAGAUACUUGACAGAAUGCAGCUCCAGCAUUUGCAUGAAGAUGGGAAAGACACUACCACAAGUCAAAACUGAGAAAAUAUCCCUUGCAGAUGUUUUGUUUUUGUUUUGUUGAACAUAAUUGGUGAAUGUAUUGGUUUAAAAAAUCAGCAGUGAUGUCUUUUUGAUUGGCUAUUUCAUUCCAUUCUUGACCAAAGCUGCUCUUUAAGUAGUUUUUUGUGGAAAGUUGUCACUCUAAAUUAAAGGGGGAUUUUAUGUAAGUUGUCUGCUAGAAAAAUAAAAAAAAUAUAUAAGAAGUA